AUUUCUCGCAGUCCGUGCUAUAUUUUUUAUUUUGUUUUAUUUUCCAUCUUUUCCGUCUGCAUGGAUGCGUGCUUGACUAGCGGCCACCAGUGUUGUCCUGUGGCAACCGGCUCUUGGUUGUUUUCUCAAAGGAGAUGAUCGCCACACAUAUGUCAUCUCUCGAGUACAUAUUUCUUUUUCAUUUCUCCCCGGCCAGCCCCGUCUGUAAUGAUCCAGCGUGCUUUUGUGAAACCUGAUUCGCCUGGUACGCAGCAGUCACGUUCAGCAACUGCCAGUGUACCACGUCAGUCCCCACCGUGUUUAGUAAGCACUAAUAAGCAUGGUGGAUCACGCUCUUGUGCGUCCGAACCGGACUUACACACUCUGACUGAUCUCCAUUCAGUAGUCACAGCGCUGGUCGUUAAGUAGAGUUGCAAAAGGUACUGAUAGGAUGUAAUAUUUUACGAGUCGUUGUUAAUGGAGUAUCCUGAUUAGUGUAUUUCACAAUUGAUUCGC